GACUCGAAUCUAUUUUUGUUUAUCAACAGUGUCGUGAGUUUUCUUUUGAUGGCUUUUAAAUUUUUAUUGAACCGCCAAUUUCUUCAUUGUUUUAACAAGUUUAGUUUAGUCUAUUCGUUCCAUGUUUGUACCUAGUUUAGUUAAGAAAAUGUGCUAAACUAAACGUUAACAAUGAAUGCUGUGUGCUGUCGUUUGUGUGGUUACAAUUCGUCCGAACUCGUCGCGAUCUUUGGCGACCAAGGAUUGGCCGCCGAAUAUGCCAGGAAAAUUGGCCGAUAUCUGUACCUUUUGGUUACGCCCGCCGAUGACCUCCCGAAAGCAUUAUGCUGGAUGUGCACGGAGCAGCUGGACUCGUUCCACCGCUUCCACCAGAAGAUCAACGAAAUCCAGCAGCGCACGUUGAAAGACCGCUAUUUGGAGUUUGUGAUUGAAGCCCACCAUCGUUUUGUGGAGGAGGGAGAGAUUGAAAUCGUUGAGCACAACGCGGUAGACGAGGAGGAAGAUGAUGUUCCACCGGGCAAAUCCGGUGCCCCGCUGGAAGAAGCUAUCGAAGAAGUUCAGGUGAUAGAAUCUCAUGUGGAGGAAGAAGAGGAAGGCAGAGAAGCUGAUGAGCUAACUGUGCGACUAAUACCAGAUGGCACGGAAGAAAAUUCUUUUCUGGUAGUUAAAACAGAAUCGGAGGCGGUAGUCGUCGAGGAGACGCAAGUGCAGGAAAAUCGUCAAAUUCCUAGUGUGGAUGCUUCCCAGGUGGAAGUGUUUGAAAUAAGAAAAAGCAGCAGGAAGAGGCGUAGCAAGACUGAGGGUGCCAACGAUGAUGAGGAGGACAUAAUGUUGCAGCAAAAGACGCCCAGGAGGAGAAGCCGUCAGCUUCAAACAACCCCUAAGAAUCGCCUUGCAGCAUCAACCUCCAAUGCAAAGCAGGACAGUCCCAGCCAAAAGGUCAGUGGAAGGCAACACGGAGGAAUUUUAGCUGACCAUGACGAAUAUUACGAGGAAACAAACGAAGGGGAGAGUGGCGACGAAUUUCCGGCUCGAGACUCGGACAAUGAGGAAUGGCCAGCUGCUGAAACCAUGGAUAAGUUCCCCACGACGCUGAUCAGGGAUGGGCUGCUGGUGGUGAAGGGAACGCUGCUGAUGGAUAUGAUCAAUCGGUUUUAUAAUCUGCAAUGCGCUAUAUGCAAGGAUAAGCUGGUCCGAUUUAAAACUCUUACGGAGCUGUACAUCCACUUUGAAUCGAAUCAUGAACAAGCAGGAUACGUAACUUGUUGCCAGACGAAGAUUCAUCGUUAUCCAUCUCUGAUUAUGCAUAUGGCUCGACAUAUUCAACCGGAAGCCUUCAAGUGUGACAUUUGCGGAUACAUGGUUACCAGGCCACGGUUUUUGCCAACUCAUCGACAAACCCAUUUACCUGAAGAGGAAAAACCAUACGGCUGUGAGCAUUGUCCGAAGCGAUUCUGUUGGAAACGGGCAUUGCAGAUUCAUGAAAAUUCGCAUAAGGCACCAGCGGAAAGGAUUGUCUACAACUGUUCCAUAUGUGAGAAAACAUACGACACGCCAGGAGGCCUAUCGGCACACAAACGUAACGUCCAUCUAACCCCAUUAUCCGCCAAGGUGCCACAUGUUUGCGAAGUUUGCGCAAACAGUUUUGCCACCAGUUCGGGGCUGAAGGAGCACAUGCGUACAAUCCAUCAGCCGCAAGAGAAGGUGUUGGUACAGUGUCCAGAGUGUUCCAAGUGGUUGAUGAACAGCCGCUGCUUGAAAAUUCAUAUGCAACUGCACAGGAAAGAUGACUAUGAAUGCGACUUGUGUGACUACAAGACCAAAAAGGCUCCUCUUCUAAAGCGACACCAUAUAACGCAUCACCAGCAGGAAAGGCCAUUUGCAUGUGAUGAGUGCGAUAAAACGUUUAAGCAUAAACGAGCCCUAACUAUCCACAAGGGUACCAAACACACUGGAGAUAGCAAUGGUUUCAAGUGCAAUUUCUGCGAUCGAACGUUUAAAAGUUCGACCAAUUUCUAUACCCAUCGGAAGAAUCGUCAUCCAGUCGAGCUUGCCGCCAUGAAGGAACAGGCGGAAGCAGAGAAGAAGCUACAACGUAUCAGAGCCGGUAUCGAACCGGAUGAUGUUCCCCUAGCGGAGGAAUCCACGAUAACGACCACUCCAGAUGGGACACGAAUCAUUACCAUAAACAGUAGGAAGUAUAGCAUGAACGAGCCUAUGAACACGAUGAUUGUUCUGGAUAUCAGUGGAGAACCGAUUCAGACUGCCAGUGAAACAGAGCAAGCCGACUAGUGUGAAUGACCAAAAGGCGCGAACAGCUUUUUUGGCCUAACGCAUGUCCCUUAUUUGUAUGAAACGUGCUGUAAAUAGAAUAUGUGUCACCCUACUACUACUUUCUGUGGAGUAUAGUAAAUGUAGCUAGCGCUGAACUGGUCUUCACAUUAUGCAUCGCAAUUCCAGAACUGAAAAAAAACGUACGAAUUGAAUGAACGUUUUUCCAUACAAAAUGGUCAAAUUUAAAAGCAUGGAUCUCGACUUUUUUGCACCGAUUGACCCUGAUUUCUUACCGCUGCGUGGAUAUAUU